AUGCCCUACGUAUAUAAGCCAUGGAUAUUGAAAGGCUUGGGCGUCGAAUCAUGGGAACAAGUCCGGAUGAUGGGUGAGGAGGGCCUUCGCGAAGCCAGGCGUGUCCGCGAAGAAGAGCGUCUCCGUCAAAAGUCGGAAGAGAAACUCAAAGCUGAGAAGGAGAAUUCCAGCAAACAACAUGUCUCAUCUGAAACACCUGUCAAGGAACCGAGAGAGAAGCACGAUGAACUUUUAGGCCAGGAAAGCGGCAAGCCUGAGCACGAAGCGAAUAGUGCACACAGUACCAAUCACGGAAAGAAGGAAUCGACGGAUGAUGAGCUAUAA